GUUGGGGCUGGGCCAAAUCACUCGACUGGUUCCUGCGUCAAGCCAAUCAUGUCACAGGUGUCCAAUAUAAGCAAUGCUGCAGUUUUUAUGAAUCUCCACAGUCCUUUUCUUUAGUCCAUCUACAGACCGAUACUUGGGCAUCAUGAAGGUCGCCGCUUUCAACAUCCAGAAAUUUGGGAAAUCUAAACUCUCAGAUCCGUUUGUGCUGAAAACCCUGAUCAAGAUUGUGUCUCGCUAUGACAUCAUUGUUAUUCUAGAAGUGGUGGAUUCUAGCGGAGAUUCAGUGGAUAAUUUUCUUGAAGAGCUGAAUAAGUUCAACAAGACGCAUCAUUACACAUUGGAGAUCAGCACACGCCUGGGAAGAGGAAACUACAAGGAACAGUUUAUGUUCCUUUACAGGGAUGACCUGGUGGAUUUGGUUGGGUCUUACCAAUACCAAGACGAUCAGCCUGGAGAUGAAGAUGCUUUUGCCAGAGAACCAUAUGUUCUCAGAUUCAAAUGUCAUAAAACAGUGUUGGAAGAUUUGGUGCUGAUGCCCGUCCACACCAAGCCUGAAGAUUCAGUGAAGGAACUUGACGAACUGUAUGACGUGUUUCAGAAUGUCAAGACGAAAUGGAAGACUGAUAACAUCAUGAUUUUGGGGGACUUCAAUGCAGACGGCAGUUACGUGUCUGGUAAGGAAAUGAAAACGAUACGCAUUAGAAGUGACGAGGACUUCCACUGGCUGAUCACGGAUGAUGUGGACACCACAGCCAGCAACAAAAACGACAACACUUACGACCGGAUCGUGAUAUACGGAGAGGAUAUGCUGAAUGCUGUCGUUCCAAAUUCGGCAAAACCUUUCAACUUCCAGAAGGCCUACAAACUGAAAGAGGAGGAUGCGCUGAAAGUGAGUGACCACUAUCCAGUAGAAGUGGAACUGAAGAAAAACCGAAAACAGCUUAAACGUCAACGUAAGACACAUGAAGAGCAGCUUAAUGACUGAUACUAUACAUAAAAAAUUAAAUAACAUCAAUUUCUUUGUUGUUGUUGUUGUUUAGGUUGAACAAAGAUGAUAUUGUGAGAUGGAACAUUCUUGGACAAGAAAAGUACGACUCCAGAGAUGAGAUGGAUAAGAUUAACACUUUUGUGAUUUGUGUACAUGGGACUGAAAUCUGCUUGAAAUGUGUCAAUGUUGUAGUUAUUUUUCAUGAGCUUUGACUGUCACAUGAACAUUUCACAAAGACAUUAAACAUCUAAAAAUCAAAA